GCGGAGUCGGCCUCCGGGCGGAGGUACCGGCUCGGGUUUGGGCUCGGGCUCCCGGCUGCGGGUUUGGCGGCGCUGCACUGGCAGGCAGCGAGGCCGGGCGGGCCCUGGGCCCUCGCGCCCCUCCUGCGAGGCCUGCCAUGCAGAGCCCCGCCGGGAACGCGAGCCGCGGACUGCCGGGCGGGCCGCCCUCCACAGUCGCGUCCGGGGCGGGCCGCUGCGAGAGCGGCGCGCUCAUGCACAGCUUCGGCAUCUUCCUGCAGGGGCUUCUCGGCGUCGUGGCCUUCAGCACCUUAAUGCUCAAACGCUUCAGAGAACCAAAGCAUGAAAGACGUCCAUGGAGGAUAUGGUUUUUAGACACUUCCAAGCAAGCCAUAGGAAUGCUGUUCAUCCACUUUGCAAACGUAUACCUAGCAGAUCUCACUGAAGAGGACCCUUGUUCACUGUACCUCAUCAACUUCCUCCUGGAUGCCACUGUGGGCAUGCUGCUCAUCUACGUGGGGGUGCGUGCCGUCAGCGUUCUGGUGGAGUGGCAGCAAUGGGAGUCCCUGCGCUUCGGUGAAUAUGGAGACCCUCUGCAGUGUGGAGCCUGGGUCGGGCAGUGCGCUCUUUACAUCGUGAUCAUGAUUUUUGAAAAAUCUGUCGUCUUCAUCGUCCUCCUCAUACUUCAGUGGAAAAAGGUGGCCCUGUUGAAUCCCAUUGAAAACCCAGACUUGAAGCUAGCCAUCGUCAUGCUGAUCGUCCCCUUCUUUGUCAACGCUUUGAUGUUUUGGGUAGUGGACAACUUCCUCAUGAGAAAGGGGAAGACAAAAGCUAAGCUAGAAGAAAGGGGAGCCAACCAGGACUCAAGGAAUGGGAGCAAGGUCCGCUACCGGAGGGCCGCAUCCCACGAGGAGUCUGAGUCUGAGAUCCUGAUCUCGGCGGAUGACGAGAUGGAGGAGUCUGACGUGGAGGAGGACCUCCGCAGACUGACCCCCCUCAAGCCUGUGAAGAAAAAGAAGCACCGCUUCGGCCUGCCCGUAUGACACAUUCCCAUGCUGGGGGUGACAGGAGGGCCCCGCCAGCCGCUGGUGUGCAGAGGUCAUCCCGCAGCAUCGUUCCUUCCCCACUCUCUGCCCUUCCUUUCUACCUCUGCUCCUCUUGCUGUCUCUGCCCGCUCUCGCCUGCCCCCAGACUACUGUGACUUAAAAAGAGGGAAGAGGAGCCAGCGCCUGAGGGGGCCACGGGCGGCUGGAGGUCCCCAUUCAGUUGCACUACAAACACUGACCAAAUAUGCAAGGAAGGAGUUGUGUUUGUUUGUUGUCGUCCCAGACAGUGUUGUGAGGGACCUGAGGCCCUGCCCCAUGUCCGACCAGGUGGCAAGGUGGAAGGAAGCACAGGCACACAGACGGUGGGUGAGUUCCCUCACCACGGCUGUGGGCAGUGCGAACACAUAAUGCCUUUGGGCUAAAAGUGACUCGUUGACCAAGUUGGAAAUGGAAUGCUUUCUUACUCGAAAUGGCUUUUGUAACUAUUGAUUUCUGAAGCUGGUUUUAUGAGCUGUGACAGUGUUACCGGGUUGGGGGUAUGUGUUUAUUUCCUACAAAAUACUUAUGGGACUAAUGGGCAAAACAGAGAUUUUUAAGUCUUCCAUAUGCUGUUUGACUUUUAUAUUUUUAAGUUAUAUUUUCAUACUAUUGUAUUUAAAAACUCUUUUUAAUCCCCAAAGAAAUGGGUUUAUUUGCCUUUCAUGGGGUGUGGGCUGGCAGGAGGAAAAAGUCAGGAGUUUUUUAUUUGGAAUAUUGUUAGAUGAUGCCCUAUGAUAAGAUGAGACAAAUGAUUGGGGAGGGAAGGAGGAUGGCUCUUCUCUAGAAUCAGCAAACCCAGUGGUUCUGUGAAGAUCAGACCCAAGCUUGGAGCAGCUGGUCUGGAUGCAGAUCCAGGAGCUGCAGAGUGUGUGGAACAGGAAGAGCUCUGUCCAUGGCCCGCGAGCUCUAGCGUUCCUGCUGCAGAUCAGAGGUCUUAGUUAAAUUUGACCAAGAAAGGAGCUUAGCUAAGAGGUCUUCGUGUCCAGAGGGCCCAAGACUACCAGACUCCAGUGCGGUCUGCCUGUCUGCAGAGCCUCCAAUCACGAUUUAAAGUGGUCUUGGCCUCUCAGCCCCCACUGCUGCAGCCUUCAGAGCCAGCCUCUGGAUGCGGCGCCAGGAACCUCCUCUCCUGCUGCCCUAGUACCUGUCAUCCUAGUGUUGUCUAUUUGUUUUGCACAGCAUUCUGGAGAACAUCUGCCUCACAAAGUGAUCCUGUUUUUCUCGCCCUCCAAAGCUGAGGUGGUUAAGGCAGGCAGGGAUGAGAGAGCUCACUCUAAACCACAGGCAGGGCAAGGUGUUUCUAGGCCGUGUCCCCUCCCUGGGGAGUGGCCCCUACUCCUCAGCAUGGCCACAGGCCCCUGUGGCUUUGGGAGUUUCCUGAGUGACUGUGGAAAGGGCUGACCCUGGCAGUUUCCCUGCUGUGGAAGCAGCAAGGUAGGGGCACUGCUCAGUGGUUUGUCAAGCUUAGAGGCGGCCACGGAUGGUUAGGAACAGGAAGCCACACUGCUAAGGUGUGAGCUAGAAGGGAGACAGCCUGGACUUUAAGUGAGACAAGUGCAGAGGAGGCCACUCCACUUAGAACCUUCUUUUUAGACCUGCAUGAACAUGUGUUUCACUUAAGCACAUUGGGUCUGAAUUGUGGCUCAUGAACCCAGCUCUUAAACCUGGUACCCUGGGACUGCCCUCUGCCUCUCAGAGUCCUGCCUGUUCUGGACUUGAAGGUGAGCAUCAGAGAGGCCUUCUCAGCCCAUCUUCCGCCAGGAGUGCAGAGCCAGGAUGCCGAGAGGAGCAGGGACUGUAACUGCAGUAGGAGGCAAUUUUGCUGGUGUCGCUCCUGCUCAGAUUGACUCUGUGCUCCCUCCCAUCCACAGCUAUGGUAGCCAGUAUUUCCCCCAGCAGCUCUCUAGUGGGAAAGAGUGGCUGGAACCAGGCCAUUCUCAGUCGCAUUGGGAAGACCAAGACUCAUGUUCCUGACAGGACGGUCAGGAACUCAUGUUCCUAAGAGGCGCUCAUGGCAUCACUGACUCAGUUCUGAUUCCUCCCCUCCUGUUUCAUUUUGGUUUGAACAACCUGGGCCUGCAGCUGUUUCUUCCACCUUCCUGGAGCUCACAAUCAGAGCUUCAUGUUCAGUCUCGAGCUCCUAAUGUUUCCAAACAGGGCAGGGGAUAGAAGAGCCAUAAUCUGUAAAAGCUGUGAAACAAACCCUGGGUUAUGUAAACCUCAGAUGGUCUCAUCUGAAGACUCGGCCCAGUUCCCAGGGAGCAGUGCGUUUGGGGAACAAAGAGGUAGCUGAGGAGUGAUGGUUUUUCCCUGUAUCCUGAUUUUCAGAAAGGGCUUUAGUCUCUGGGCUGCAGCUAGUAGCUGGCUGACCAGGGGAUGGGGGUAUAAUAGGGUGUCUCACCAUAGGGCACCUCUUGUGUUUGGCCUUCCCUUUCUCGUGUAUAUGUGUGUGUGCACGCAUGUGCGCACACACACAUACACACACACAAAUCUGUAUCCCCAGGAGUGCCUCCUGCAGUCACUGGGGGCUCUUCCAUGGUGCACCAUCCCAUGAGAGCAGAUCAGAGGGCUGUGGUCAGGACUUCCUCCCGAGCUGCCCUCCCUCCCUGGGAUGAGUUUCCUCACCACCUGCUCCAAGGUGCCUUACGAGGUGCAGCUCUUCACCUGGCCACAUGGCAUCCAUCACCGUGUUGAGAAAUGAUGGGACAUUGACUGGAUAUUGUGUGCUAUCAAUCCGAUUUGUCCAAAUCUGGACCUCAGCCAAGCCACCUGUGAUGGAACCUUGCAAGUCAAGGUCAUGAACAAAUUUCUUGUAACUAUUGGAAAUAAACUAAUGAGGUAGAACUGUCAUAUCCAAAUGGAAGAGGUGGUUGAUACUGUUAUUUCCUUUUGCUGUCAGAGGGUUGUUGACAGUGGCAACCCCGGGGGCAAGGGGGGAUGUUGGUGAGAUCCCAGGUGGUGAUGGCUUCUUGGUCCACUCAGCUUGCACACGUGCAAGAGGAGGGUCUGUGGCCCCUCGGCCAUGCUCGUGGCCUCCUUCCUCAAGUUUUAACUUGUGUCUUCCCUGGCAACAGGGAGUCAUGGGUUAAUGUCACCUGUCAUGCCUCUUUCUUCAGGGAAAAUGUUAAAAGGCUCAAAUCCAAGCUGUGACUUCCCUUAGGCAGUGUAAGCGUGUAGGCUGCAGCCCCAAGUUUAUGUCCAAAGGCUGCCUCAGAACCCUGGAGGGAACAGCGCCCAGCUGGCAGCCCACUCUGCCCUUGCAGUUCACUGGCCUUUUCGCAGCCAGGCUAAGAUAGGCAGUACAAGGAGCUUCCCACCGGCCAGAGCAGCUGCCUCGUAGAGUGUGGGGCUGGCUUUUAGAAGUUUCACACGUUUGCAGCUAACAGUGCAGAGCUCUCUGUUUCACUUUGUGAAACACUGGCAGCUCUGAGGGGCUUGGCUUUUGGUAAGGGACUUACGGUCUGACUUGCCACGAGCACCUUGAGCUCCUGGGUUGGUUGGUGGUUGGUGGUUGGUUGGUUGGAUUGUUUUAAAUUUGAUUUUUCUUUUCCUGAAGUUUGUUAGAAGUCAGACCUAUGCGAGCAAAACCAUGGCCCACUUCAGCAGCCAUCCAGUGGGGGUGCUUAAUCGGUGGUGGUAGGAUUCACAGAAACGUUUUUUUGAAAUGAAAGAGAUGAUGAUGUACUUACAUUGUAAAAUGGUUUACAAUAAAGUUUGGCAUCUUAUUACAGUUUUUU